AUGUCGUAUCCUGACCGGUCCACGGACGUGCUCGUCACGAGCGCAGUCUUCCUCGGGGCCGCAACCCUGUUCGUCGGUCUGCGCUGCAUCUCCAAGUUUGGUAUCCGCAAACGCGCAGACUCGGACGACUGGGUCACAAUCCUCGCAUGGCUCUUUACCGUCGCCCUGUCCAUUUCCAUCAUCUUUGCUGCAACAGUCGGUUUAGGCAAGCCAGACGACUUGAUAAAGCCGGAAUGGCAGGAGCCGCUCAAACGGGCCGUUUAUGUCUUCCCCAUCUUCUACCACCUGAGCUCGAUGACGGCCAAGUCGGCUGCGCUGCUGCUGUACAUCCGUAUGGCCAGCGCGCACCCGUUCCUCCGCAACGCAAGCUACGCCGUCCUCGCGAUCGUGGACGUUUCGGGCGUCGUCUUGGUCUUCAUGAACAUCUUUCAAUGCCGACCACUAGCAGCGGCUUGGCAGUGGGACCAGUCUGGCCAGUGCUUUGACCUGGUGACACUGUUCCUCGCCUCGAGCCCCAUCAACAUUCUCUCCGACCUCGCCAUCCUCAUUCUCCCUCUCCCCAUUAUCACGGGCCUGCGAAUCGAACGCAAAGAGAAAAUUGGCCUGGUCCUUGCAUUCCUCUGUGGCGUUUUCGUGGCCAUCGUCGAUGUCGUUCGCAUCGCCUACCUGCAGACGGCGCUCAAGGAGCAAAUCUCCCUCGGACGCGACCACGUCUCGGCGUCGGACCGACCUACCAAUUACUACUGGUACACCAGCUAUGGCCUCAUGUGGUCGGCCGUCGAGUGCUCGGUCCGUGUCUGCUGCCUGUGCGCGCUCGUCCUCAAGCCGCUGCUCCAAAAGUUGAGACGCGGCGGAUCAUCUGUGCACAGCGGCGGAUCCAAGGGUGUCUUUUCGAAACGCAGCGCCCAUUCAGCUGGCAACGGCGAGCUGGGUGUUCCCGCUGGGACGGCGGUAGAGGACGCCAUCUUUGGCAGCCCCAAGUCGCCUCAGAUGAAGCUCGGUGGCAUCCAGGCCAUGCUCGAGCCAUCCGCAGAGGUGCCCGAAGAAGACACGUUUGACAUUAUGGCCUUUUUCGCAGCAGGGCCCGGGGAACCAGCAUCACCGCGUAUCGGUACAGGCGCCCUCAGCACCUCGCCACGUAUGGGCUUUGCCAACGGGAACGCCCACGGAAGCGGGAACGGGAACGGUGCCGAGUUUGGCCUUGGUAACUCUCCAUCGUCUAGCGACUCGGCCAUGGGCGCGCCGUUGAUCACCUUGCCAACCCGUAUCAGCACCCACCAUUUCAUCACGGCGCCAGUCCGAUGGAUCACCAAGGAAUCAGAGCCGCCAGAGCUCGCCCAGGCGCCGACCCAGCGGUUCUUCGACGUCGUCCAGAUGGGCGGCCGCAAGCCGCUCACCGAGCUUACACCGCGCGAGGCCUGGUGGCCCGUCAUGUUUGUGUCCAUUCUGUUCUUCCUUUGGGGCUUUAGCUACGGUCUGCUUGGCAACCUCACGACACAAAUCAUGGCGGCGAUCGAAGUGGACUCUCCGUCGCGUUCGAUUGCACUCCAGAACGCAUACUGGAUCGGAUACCUUAUCGGCCCACUCACUGCUGGCGCCUAUGUUCUGCCCCACCAUGGGUUCAAGGCGACGUUCAUGACUGGCCUCGUCAUCUACGCAUGUGGCACCAUGGCAUUCUGGCCGUCGGCAGUGCUGGCGUCCUACGGUGGCUUCUUCUUUUGCAACAUUGUCAUUGGCAUGGGCCUCAGCGUGCUCGAGGUCGCUGCCAACCCGUUCAUCGCACUUGCUGGCCCCGGCGAGCUGUCUGAAUGCCGCCUCAACUUUUCGCAAGGUAUCCAGGCAGUUGGUUCGGUCAUCUCGCCCAUUAUUGCCAACAAGUGGCUGUUCAAGAACGUCUCUGGCCGGAUGUCACUGUUCGACAUUCAGUGGUACUACCUCGCGGUGGCGCUUUUCGUCCUGUUCCUCGCGCUCGUCUUCUUCUACGUCCCGCUCGCCGAGGCCACUGACGACGAGCUGGAGACCGAGACCGUCAACCGACUGGACCGCGCCGGCCUCACCCAAGACGCAAAGGCAUUCAAGUGCAGAGUGCCUGCGCGCUGGUUUGCGAUUAUUGCGGGCAUCUUUGUCCUGACGUUUUACGUCGGCGCACAAGAAUCUCUCGCCUACUUUUGGACCCCAUACAUCAAGGCCAUCGGGCCCCCAGGCGGUACCGGCGACCCGUUCUGGGACCUGACCAUUGGCCACGGGCUGUUUGCGGCCUCGCGCUUCAUCGCCGCGGGUGUCUGCUACAUGGGGUUUACGCCGCGCCUUAUCCUAAACGUAUGCUGUACCGGCACGUUCCUGAGCAGCCUGCUCGCCGUGGUGCUCAAGGACGGCCAGGCGGCGUUUGCGUGUAUCCUCCUGACCCUCUUCUUCGAGGGUCCCGUCUUCCCGACGCUGUUCGCGACCGUCAUCCGCGGUAUGGGACGGCGAACCAAGCAGGUCUCGAUCGCGCUCACGGCGUCGAUCGGCUUUGUGGCCGUGUGGCAGACUGUGACGUGGGCCGUGUGGCGCGACCACGGCGUCCGGCAGGCGUACAUUGUCGUGGUGGUCCUGUGCUUCUUUCAGGCGCUGUAUCCCAUCGCGCUGGCGAGUUCGCCGACGCUGCGCCGGUGGGUGGACCCCAAGUGGUCGCGCGACCCGAACGACCCCCACGACCCGCGCCGCCCGAGCAUGGGCUCGGGUUCCGUCGGCUCCAAGCCGCUGCACGUCGAGCACGCCGACGCCAAGCACCACCACCACGUCAACGGCAGAGACCACUACCACCAGCACGACACGCGCGUCACUGUCGACUCGGCCAUGUCCACGCCGCCAGACGCAGACGCAGACGCCGAAGACGACGACGCGCCGCCAGACCCGAGCCACCCGGCGCUCAUGAUCCGCCGCCAGUCGGCGCGCACGCCGCCGCACUAUGGCCCAGACGUGCCCGUCGUCGGCGUGGGGAUCGCGCCCAUCCCGCCGGCAGAGGGCGCCGACCCCACGAUGCGCGGCCCCACCGACGACUUUGCGGGCCUGGGCGUCGUUGGCGAGCUCGAGGAGCUGUGA